AUGAAGGAUGAUGAGGAUACAGAGUUUCCAAACAAACUUAUAGUCAUUGCUGAAAAUAAAUAUGUAAUUCAAUUUGUAAUGUUUCUUCAUAGUAAUGGAUGUUGCGUGUCUUGUGUCAUCAUGGAACAAUGUGUAGCCGAUUGUCUUAACAGCGAUGACUAUGUAAUGAUUGUAUGGUCGGGUGAAGUUCAAGAAGACGUUAUGCGUGGUUUACAAGUGGCUGUUUCUACAUAUGUUAAGAAGCUGCAGUUCGAAAAUCUAGAGAAAUUCGUGGACAGUUCAGCUGUAGAUAGUCAGCUUCACGAGUGUUCUGUCAUAUUGUGUGGUUGGCCUAACUCGAUAAGCGUAAACAUACUCAAACUUGGCUUGCUAUCAAACCUAUUAUCCUGUUUGCGACCUGGUGGGCGAUUUUUUGGUCGUGACCUCAUUACGGGUGACUGGAAUUCCUUGAAAAAGAACCUAACCCUCUCUGGGUAUAUAAAUCCCUACCAGUUGUCAUGUGAAAACCACUUAAUAUUCAGCGCCUCUGUUCCGUCCAAUUAUACCCAGGGUUCUAGUGUCAAACUCCCAUGGGCUAACAGUGAUGUCGAGGCGGCUUGGGAAAAUGUUGAUAAUUCAUCUGACGCCAAUGGAAAUAUUAUAAAUACAAAUGCGCUUUUGCAAAAAUCAGAUUUGAAAACUCCUUUGUCCGUCUGUGGCAAAGAGGCUGCUACGGACUCACUUGGGAAAAAGAAACGAGCUUGUAAAAACUGUACAUGUGGCUUGGCUGAAAUCGAAGCAGCGGAAGAAGAUAAAUCGGACGUCCCAAUAUCGUCCUGUGGAAAUUGUUAUCUUGGGGAUGCUUUUCGAUGUUCUACAUGCCCUUAUCGUGGGCUUCCACCGUUUAAGCCUGGCGAAAGAAUUUUAAUACCGGAUGAUGUUUUGAGAGCCGAUUUGUGA